AUGACCUUCGGCAAGCUUUACGGUCUUCCUGACAACGGUCGUACCAUCGCCAUCCUGGUUGCUGCCAAGCACAACAACCUGGACCUGGAGCUGGUCAAGACUGAGGCUAAGGCUACUGCUGCUUUCAACUCCAGCGCUGAGUACCGCAAGAUCAACCCCGUUGGCAAGAUCCCCGCUUUCGUCGGCGCCAAUGGCUACACUCUCACCGAGGCGAUUGCCAUCGCCAUCUACGUGACCUCCCAGAACGAGAAGACCACUCUUCUGGGCAAGACCAAGCAGGACUACGCCUCCAUCGUCCGCUGGCUCUCGUUCACCAACGCCGAGCUUCUGCCCAAGCUCGCCGCCUGGUACCGCCCCCUUCUGGGCCUGGAUGGCUACAACAAGAAGGCUGUCGAUGAGGCCGCCAAGGUUGCUGUGAACACCGUCGGCGUUCUCGAGACCCACCUCACCAACAACACCUACCUCGUUGGCGAGCGCAUCACCCUGGCUGACAUCUUCGCUGCCUCCCUCCUUACCCGCGCCUUCGCUACUGUCCUGGACAAGAAGUUCCGCUCCGACAGCCCCGCCGUCACCCGCUGGUACAACACCAUCAUCAACCAGGACGCUUUCAAGGCUGUCUUGCCCAACCCCGUCUUCGCUGAGGAGACCAUCAAGUACACCCCUCCCAAGAAGGAGGAGAAGCCCAAGGCUGCUGCCCCCGCUGCUGAGGAGAAGCCCGCCGAGGAGAAGCCCAAGCCCAAGCACCCUCUGGAGGCUCUCGGCAAGCCCACCCUCAUCUUGGACGACUGGAAGCGCCAGUACUCCAACAGCGAGACCCGCGAGGAAGCCAUGCCCUGGUUCUGGAAGAACUUCAACGCUGAGGAGUACUCGCUCUGGGCGGUCAACUACAAGUACAACAACGAGCUGAAGCUCACCUUCAUGGCCAACAACCUGAUCGGUGGCUUCCACGCCCGUCUCGAGGCCUCCCGCAAGUACCUCUUCGGUGCCCAGGGUGUUUACGGUGAAAACUACAACUGUCUCAUCAAGGGUGUCUUCAUGGUCCGCGGCCAGGAGAGCCUCCCCGCCUUCGACGUCGCUCCCGACUGGGAGAGCUAUGACUUCAUCAAGCUCGACCCCUCCAGCGAGGCUGACCGCAAGCUUGUCGAGGACAUGUGGGCCUGGGACGUCCCCGUCACCGUCGACGGCAAGGCGUACGAGUUUGAGGACGGCCACGUCUUCAAAUAG